GCGCCACAUUCCCGGAAAUGCCUGCACUCCUCUGCGCUCUUACGUAACGCGACGCCGCAGUAAAGCCGGUGGCGGCGGCUCCCGCUAUGACACCGAGUAGCGAGACGCCGCGCGCAGCUCUGCACACCCACUCCGCUUUAGCUUCACGGAGACAAUUGCCCUUUUCAUUUAGCGUUGAUCGCGAGGCAGCAGCACAGAUUUAGCGCCGUCUUUGGUCGCUAUGGUCGUUAUCGUUAUAACCCGAACGGCGUCUGUUGGACUUUCUCCUAAUUACACUAUACCUUCGCCUGGAAACCGGCGGGCGGCUGAGCCCAACUCGAGCUCUUAGACCCGAAACAUCCAGAUCAGCCUGAACUCGGACACAGGCGACACAGGAUGCUGGACAUGAUGCCGGCGACGGCGUCGGGCUGUGUGGGCGAAGCGAGCCCUCAGGAACCGGAGGACCUGCACCGGGAGACGGUGGCCGUGCCGAGCUCCGGCAGACUGUCGCGUCUGUGCAGCAGAGACGAGAAGGAACGAGCGGCGGCGCUGGAGGCGCUGAGCCGCGGUGUGCUAUCCUCGGCGAGCCCCGGUGCGGACGGCGAGCAGGGGCUCCAGCGGAACACCCUCCUCCACCUCCUUCGGGUGUCCAGGACAUGCCCCUUGCCGGACAUCAGAGAAAGAGCGGCGGAGUUGCUGCGGAUGGCGCAGGCCCGUGGUGUUGAGGUUCCUCAGGCUCUGGUUACAGGACCCAGCGCCUUCAUCCCUGCUGAGGAGAUCUGUCUGUCUAUCCUGCAGGAACUGGGGGGGCUGCCGGACCUGGUGGAGGCCUUCCUGUCCACGGGGCGCGUUGACCACGUCACCAUGGUGAUGGCGCUGCACCCCUCCUACCUGCGCUGCUUCCUGCGUACCCAGCAGGCUUUGCUGCAGCUGGACGGACCCCUGCCCUGCGACUGGAGGCACUACAUCGUCGUCAUGGCCUCGGCUCGCCACCGGUGCUCGUACCUGGUGCAGCUGCACAGUGACGCCUUCCUGCAGGCAGGGGGGGACGAGCGCUGGCUGCAGGGGCUGCACUGCGUGCCCGCCAAGCUGCGACACCUCAACCUGUUGAACAAGCUUCUGGCCCACCGGCCCUGGCUGCUGGCCCAGGAGCACAUUGCGGACUUGGUCUGUCCCACCAGCGAGCAACGCUGGUCACUUGCAGAGCUCAUUCACGCUGUGGUCAUCCUGGUCCAUGCCCACUCGCUGUCCUCGUUCGUCUGGGGCUGUGGCAUCAACCCUGAGCUCGACCACGUCGGGGGACACACUUUCCGGCCGCCCUCCCCCUCUGCCCACGUCUCCCGCAGUCCUGCACACGAAAGUGCCACUGAAUGCCAGGGGGAGGCUGAGCCGGGCAUGUCUGUCCCCUGGAACCAGGGAGCCAACGGCGAGCAUGAGGUGGAGCUGCUGAUGGAGAGAAUGCAGCUUCUACAGCGGCAGCAGGAGCAGGAGGAGUUCAGCCCGGAGGAGAUGGUGACUCGCUUCGAGAGGGAGCGGAGCGAGAGGCUGCUGGGUCAGCUGAGCGACGUGCCCUGUGCCCUCCCGGACAGUGUGUCCCGUUUUGCCGAGGAUGCUGAAUUUGACUACCAGGACUUCGCCCCCCGUGGGGAGCAGGCCCCGCCCACACUCCGAGCACAGGUUUUUUCGUGGGAGGAUCACGGCUUCUCGCUGAUGAACCGGCUGUACCCGGAAAUAGGCCAACUGCUGGACGAGAAGUUCCAGGUGGUGUCCAACCUGACCUAUCGCACCAUGGCCAUGCACUGCGACGUGGAGACCUCCAUGCUCCGCAAGGCCGUCCAGAACUACAUCCAGUGCGUCUUCGGCAUCCGGUACGAUGACUACGAUUACGGUGACGUCAACCAGCUACUGGAGCUCCAGCUGAAGGUCUACAUCAAAACGGUGGCCUGCCAUCCCGAGGAGACCUCGGCCCGCAUGUACGCCGCAUUCUGGAGGCACUUCCGGCACUCGGAGAAGGUGCACGUUAACCUCCUCCUCCUGGAGGCCCGCCUGCAGGCCGCCCUGCUUUAUGCCCUCAGGGCCAUCAUGCGUUACAUGAUGUGAUCAGAUGCCCCACCCAUCCUUGCAUCACAUGCUACGAACGAGGGGGCAGCACCGCACUGCAGAAGUACACACUACACUGACGGGGGGGGGGGAUGGGGCACAUAUAGCUCUUGCACUACUGUGAAUCGUGAUACCAGGAGGAUGCCUCUGAACUGGAAGUAAUCUCUGAAAUGUACCCAGCUGGAAGGGCCGCCUUGCUGUCCCCCCUGUCAGCUGUCACCUUCAGCUGCUGCUAUCUGUCAGACCUGGUCCCCCAUCCAGCUCACGGCCGCGAUGAAGUAUCACGCCGCUGACGCGUCACUUCUGGCUUCCUGCCUGCACGGUUACUGCCUUUUGUUUUAAAUAUCACUCACAGUAUUUAUUUAAUGUGUUCAGGGAUCUUCCUCUCAGGGUGUCGUGUGAACUCUUAAAAUGUGAGAAUGCCACUUGACCUCUCGGUUUGGCCGCAGUGAGCCGAACUGCUUAAGGCAACCAGCGUUUGGACGUUGGGAGAGUUAACGAGGAAAAUAAAGUAACCUUGUUCUGCUAUUUCUAUGAAGCUGGUGAUGUUACUCCGAUGUAUUUUGUAUGCACAUUAUUUUAUUAAAAAGCAGCAAAAUUGA